AUGCCUAAAGUUGAACUUCCUGAUUCAAAUGGAGGUAACAAAUCGUCCAAUGGUAGCGAUGAUGAAAUUGAAAAAACAAGUACAAAAAUGGCUAAUAUUAAUAAGAGUUUGAAAAACAAUAGUUCGAAUACAUUAUCUAAUUCUCCAACCGAAAUUAAAACAUUAUUCUCAAGAUAUAGACUCCACGGCAUAUCAAAUAAUCAACUUGAUAUUGACAUCGAUUAUGCUAUUCACCUAUUAAAAAAAGAAGAUCAAAAUAUAAAUGUGUAAUUAUAAUACCUACUUAUUAUAUUUGUUUUAUUUAUCUUAUUAUUUAUUUAUUAUCAUUACUGCGGCCGUCAAAUCAUCAAAUUUAACUAAUACACGACGUAAAUCGAAAGAAAUGGAUUUAGUACCAAUAGUGUGAAAAUGAGUCUAUAAAACCGCUCAACAACCUUCCACCAUCAGGCAUGUUGCCUGGAUUUGGGGAGGUGUGUCUAAACACUUAGUUCAUCAGCAACUGCCAAUAAUUGUCUAGGGGGAAAAAAAUGAAAACGUGAUGAGUAGAAAAUUAAAAUAUCUUAUGAUUUUUUCGUCAGGAGCUUAAAUUUUCGGGGGGAGGUCUAACACUCAUGAACUCCUCCCCUGGUUAAGGGCCUGUCCCCCAUCGAGCCAUAGGCCACCACAAAUCUGUCCAUUGUCCGCAAUCCGAUGAACCAGUGACUAGUUUCUGAACUCUUGACACACGAUUUUAAUUUUUGGUUGAAAAACCGUUAAAAUCCAUUUAGGUAUUAUUGUUAUUUUUAUAUUUUACCCCUUUUUCUAACUUAUCACUUUUCCAAAAUUCAUGGUGCUAGUAUUCCACCGUUUCUCAUUAGUUAAGCUUAAUCGUGAUGAACACUUAAAAUAUUAAAAUAACACCGGUUGAAUUUCAACGAAAACCAUAACAUUAUUUUUAUCAUUAUUGUGAAUUGUAAAUUAUUUACGAGUAAUAUGAACAAUUAUGUUUAGAUACAGUCAUCUAAAAAGCAUAUUAGACAAAUUACUCGUGGAAAAACCGAAAAAUCCAUUAGAAACGUUUGAGGAAUAUAGUCAUUUGUUAAAACGUACAUAUAAUUUAAACGAAGAAUACAAUUUCGAAAGGGUAUUUGUGGAUGCCAUAAACCGAAGUGAUUGCCGUAAAAGAUUACACAUGUAUAAGGUAUUAAUUACUAGGUAUACCUAUUAGGUUUUACCUAUAUCUAUCUAAUAUUAUUAAAUGCGACAAUGCGUGAUCUUCAUUCCGUGAACAAUAUUAUACUAUUAUCUUAUACGACAGCCGCCUAUGGCAGCGGUUUCCAAAUUUGUACAACCUUGGAAAACCUUAGGAAAAAGUAUGUGUUUCACGCGUUUUCCCAUGGACAAGGAUAGAAUACAUACAUAUAAUGGUCAUUGAACUGCUGCUUUGCGGCAGUAAAUAAAAAAAAAAAUCAAAAUAAACGGACUCUGAGCGAAUAAUAAUAAUUUGCGCGCCCGGACAUCAACCACUUUGCGCGCGUACCACCAGGGACCGGAACCUUUUGAUUUUACCGAUUCCAUUUCAGUUUCUGUUAUUUAAAAAAAAUGUAUACCGGUUCUCUUUCGGUUCUGGUUCUUUCAUAAUAAAUUAUCUUUCAAAAUAUAGGCACGAAUAGCAUUGUUAGGGGUUAAACUUCUAAUAUUUUAUAAAGCCAAUCCUAAAAACUAAUGACUUGCAUCAUACAUAAUACAUAUACUAAAUUGGAUAAAAAGGAAUACCUCAUAAGUAUUCAUAAGGUAUAUACAUAUUAUAAUUCUACCUUGUUCGACGAAUUUUUCUAGCGCUGUUUAUAUUAAAUUUUUUUCUAUUUUUUUUUUUCAUUCUUUGAGGGGAGCAUCGAUUUAGAGAAAAAUUAAAUAUUUAUUUUCAUCCCUUAAACAUAAAAAGAAAACUUUAUUUAUGCACUUUAGAAAAUUUUCAAAAUAACCAUUUUUUAAAAUAUAUUAUUAUAUACAUUUAAUGUAUACAGAGUAGUGCCUAUAGAGGAAUUGAAACUGAGACAACGAAAUUUUUGCUAUUGUCAUUGUUACAUUUGCGUAUAAUUAUUUAAAUUUAUGUUCCGGUAUUUAUAUUUUUUUUUUAAAAAAAGGUUCCGGUUCUCAAUUUCUAAAACAUUAUAAUUCCGGUUCGGUUCUGGUUUUUAUUUACUUUUUGUGAAUAGAACUUCCGGUUCCAAAUAUUUUAAAAGUUUCAGUUCCAGAACUGGUUCCUUUUGUUUCGGUUCCAGUCCUGGCACCCACUUACGUACCUACGUCGGCUAUAUUGUGUGUUAGUGUGUAUGCGUGUGGUCAUAGCCUAUGACCACACGCAUACAUAGCUAUGACUCAUAGCUCAAUCAGAGUGGUUGUAUGUGUGGGGUUGCAUGUGUAUGUGUGGGUGUGUACUUAAUACUAUGGGUGGAACACGUAAAUAAAUGGUAACUCUGGUUUUGAUAAUCACGGACUUGUAUUACUUACACAAACAAAUAAAUAGUAAUAAUAAUAUUAUCAUUGUCAUUCGGAAAAAUAAAUGAAGUAUCAACACAAUUCAAUUAGGUACUUUCCUAAUAUUCAUACAUAAAAUCAUCAAGUAGGACAUUUUCGUACGUCUCGUCUAAAAAAAAAAAGUAUAACUUACCAACAUAUAAUAUUUCUCUGACAUAGUAGAAUUCAAGUAUUCAGUAACAUAUUCAUAAAUUUCUAUUUUACCUAAUUAUGAUUCAUAUUUAAACCAUUUAAAUUUAAUUAAAUAUCAAAAUAAAGAUCCAUUAUUCUCGAUUUUCGAGUCAAGGCAUUAAGAACUUUUUCAGAAUCAAUUUGUAUUUCUAUAAAGAACUACUGCGUAGAACGUUGCACUCACUAGCAAAAUUAAAUCAAUAAUUUUUUUAACUAAAACAUACUAAUCUUUUGUCCAAUAAUCCGACAAACCUUGUGAUGUGAUAAGACUUUUAAAAACUGAUUUAAAUUUCUUAUUAUUUCUACUUGAGAUCGGCCAUGCCAUUUUUUUGAAUUUACAAUUUACAUAAUUCCAUGUAAUAUCAAAACAUACAGUUUUUUAAAUUUCAUAAUUUUGAAAUUCAUAUUUAAAAUAUUAGGGGCCGAAAUUUGUGGCAUAGACGAUCUAAAGUAAACAUAAUACGAAUAAAAAUCAGUUUUUAAAAGUCUUAUCGCAACAUUAUAAUAUGAUAUCAUAAUAACUAUAGGUUCUUCAGACUAAUAGACAAAAAAUUAAUAUGUUUUAGUUUUAAAAUACUAUCUGUAUCGAAUCCCCUUAAUAAUAGUUAUUUAAUAUUGUACUUAUUUUCUCGUUUUCCCCGGUUUUAAAUUAUAAAAACAGCUGAGAAAAUCAAAAAUGGACGUCCCUAGUUCGAUUUCCUUUCAGAAAAAGUGCGAUCAUUGUAAAUCGGAGCAAAAUUGUUGGUGGAAAACUUGUUCACAGAUAAUAAACAUCAUUGUAAAACCAAUAAAUUCAUUGCUCUGCUCAGAAUAUAAAAGACGGUCAUACUUUACACAUGAUUGGCCACUGUUGUUGGUGAGAAGUUAGGAAGGUAGAGAGAAAAUUGAAUGUAUAUCUGUACGCAGCGAUUAACCAUCGCUAACGAAAAAUUGAUGUGGGAAGUGCGGGAGUCUAAGAGGUCAUCUUUUUUUUAGGAGUGAAACUCUACUAAUUUUUUAUUUUCAAGUAGCAACCUAUAUUUUAAGUUCUAAAAAUAUAUGAUUUUUUAGUUUAAACAUAUUUUGAAUUUAUAAUUUCUGUUUUGGUAGGGAUAGAUUAAUGGACAAGUUAGUAGUUAUAAUCUAGGUUCUAUAGUUAGUAUAUACUUAUAUAGUCUACGAGUGUGAUAUUUUUAGUGUUCUUUGAAAAAACAACGUGGAAAACAAAAACACUAUUAUGAUAGUAAUACAAAUAUUAAGUCAAAAAGUGAAGACACAAAUAUUAAUGAUGACAUUGAAGUACAGAAUCUUUGGGACGUGAAUCAUAUGUUUAAUAAAGCUGACUGUGGACUUCCAACGGACGAAGUUUCAUUAAUAUCUUUAACUAUGAACAAAAUGGCUCAAUUAAAUAAAUUCAAGAGCAUAAAGUAAAAAUAAAUAAAUAAAAAAAGCACAUGUUUUUUAAUUACACUUGAAUUAUCUACUUUUAGAUUCUGGGGAAAAAUAUUCGGAUUAAAAUGUACAUAUUUUGUUAUAGAAUGUGAAUGGACAGAUGUAGAAUUACAUCGUAAAUUAAUGGUAAUAUGGAACAUUUUAAUUUUUAAUAACCUACUUUAUAAUUGUAUAAUUUGUUUUUUAUGACCUUGCGAAUGAAUAUAAUAUAUUUAGAUGGGCAAUUAUAAAUCAAAAUCAUCAGGACAAAGUGAUUCUAAUUUGUCAACCAUGUGUACAGAAUAUAUUUGCAAUCAAAUCAAUAAAAAAGAUUCGAUAGAUUCGGAUUCGAUUAGGUCCUCAGAAACAAAUGCCAAUAGUCAAAUAACCGGAAAUUCAAGCAGUGAUGAUUUCUCGAAUUAUUCAAGCGAAAAUAAUAGUUCUCAAUUACGUUCAGAGAUUCCGUCAGAAAUACCCCCUGAAAAAUUUGGAACCGGCACAAAUCGAAAUGUACACUUUAUUUUUGAUUAAUAUUUAGUUAUUAUUUUAAAAUAUAUCAAUAAUAUUUUUAGGUUUAUUUUUUUACGAAUAACUUAAAUAGUAAAUGGACUGAACUAGACUCGGUCCAGCCACAUAAUAUUGUCGAAGCUCGAAAGAUAAAACGAUAUUUCACUGGAAAACUAUACGAACCAGUCAGCAUACAAUAUACAUUUAAAUAGUUAUUACUUUUAGCAUAUUUCAUUAUAUAUAUAUAUAUGUUUAAUAGCUAAACAGUUUUCCAAAUUUCAAUGGUUUGGAAAUUGAUUAUUUAAGAGCUCAAAUUGCAAGAAUAUCAUCGAGCACUAGUAUAUGUCCAAAAGGUUAUUACGUGAUCGAUAGAAAAGGUGAUCAGUCCGCAAAGUUAGAUGUUCGAUCCACGAUUUCAUCUAAAUCCACCGCAAUAAGUAAGAUGCCUAUUGCAGUAGAAUAAAAAAUAUAUUAAAAUAAAGAAUCGGGGAAGAGGAUAAGAUGGAGAAGGGAAAACGGGAAAAGUAUGUUUGAAGUAUGAGGGAUAUAGGUUUAAGUAUGCAGUAGAUAUAACGUAAAACGCAAGAGUGCGGCCCGAUUAUAUGGAUUGGCGGUCAGAACUCGUUAGUUCCAUUGACUGCUGAGCGCUGCUAGUCAGUGCUAUUUUUUUGUAGGAACUUAAGUAUUUGAAUAAGUGUAUACAUAAAUACGGAUAAUCGAGAACUUCAAGUGACUACAUCUUCGACACUAAUAUUUCGCGAGAAUUUCUUUUACAACCAACUUAAAAAUUUCAAUUUAUUUAAGUUCCAAAGAAAAAAUGUUUGCAAAAAUUGUGUCAUAGCAUAGUAUGUUUUAUUGCAGUGCAAUUAUAUCAUACUUCAUAUCAAAUACUAUACUAUUUCUUUGUAUUCGUAUUUGAUUUUUAUUUAAAUAAUCUGUUAGAAAAAGAACGAAUAUCAAUUAGGUAAGUAGUGUGGCGGCAUGAACUUUUUUUUCUUAUGAACAACUAUCUUAAAUUAGUAAUCAAGUAGCACACCAAUUUUUUCACAUUUUAUAUAUUGUAAACGCAAUUCGUAUGUGACUGUAUAAGUUAUAAAUUAGUAUAGUUGUCUAGAUCUUGGAGACUGGAGUCAUUAGGAUACCCACCCGGGGAAUUAGGUAUAAAAACAGACUAAUUGGCAUGUUAAAAUUUGUAAAAGUUUUCUUGAUAGUCUCUUAGAUUUGUGACAGUGAUUGGUACCAUUGGUGGAUCUAGAAUUUUUUAUGAGGCGUGUUUAGAUUAAGGUCUUGUAUGCUGUAUACUAUCCUGAUGGCAAGACUUUUUUUUUAAUCCUCAAAUUGAAAGUGCUUAAUAUUCAAAAGGUGGCAACUGAAUUUUUCUUUUUUUGGUAUCAAUUUUGUUUAAAAAUGUCCCCAGCCUACUGAGAAAUAUAUAUUGUGUAGAGUGUAUGUUUUCCAGGAAGCAACAUGCCAGGGGGGGGUACUAUAGCAAAUAUAAGCUUUCAUUUUUUGAAAAGUAAAAACAAGAUAAUUUUAAAUAUUAAUUAGCAGCAUUUAAGUUAAGACAUUACACGUCUUUUUACUAAAUUAUAAAGGCAAAGUUAAAUAUGCAAUAAUUUGGCCAAUUUCUCUUUUUUUUUACGAUAUAUUUUCUUUCUUAUUAUCUUGUACUGCUAAAUGACGCAUGCGCAUGGCUAGAUAAUUAGUGAUAUAAGACAUUAGAAUAUGAUUUUGUUUGAAAUAUACAUGAAAAUGUAAAUGUAUGUUACUCAAAAAUAUCUACUAUAACUAAAUCAAUAACAUGCUUUUUCUCACAAUAUUUUGUAAAUGAUUGCUCUACACAUUUUAGAAAAGUUAAAAAUUACGUAGGACUUUUUAGUUUUUUCGCGGGUCUUUUAGGUAGAAAACCGUAAUAGGCUAUAACUGGUAGCUAUAUGGGAUAAUGAAAUAAUCUGACACGUUUGACUAACAGCCUUCGUCAACUAAUGGAACUAUGCCGUAACGAGUAGUGACCCGGGCAGUCGUGUAUAAAUUGCAUUACCGAUAACUAACCUGUUCUGUAUAAUCGUAGCGCGCGGUGAUCUAUCUAUCGAUAAGAUGAUUGACGGCAGUGUUGCCACAAUGCACAAUUAAUCGGAUGUGACCCUGAAUAAACUCGCAGCAUAAUAUGUUAACAAAAUUGGUAUAGUGUGUGUAAAUAGUUCUAUGUGUGUGUGCGGUCGUAUGGAUUCUAUUGUGAUAUAUUGUGUACGUAUACCUAAAUUGAUAUAGACACGAAUUAUAUUUUUUCGACGAUAGCUAUUGCCUACUGUAGGAAGUUAUUAUUUAUUUCUGUCUAUUUAUUCAAAUUAAUAUUCUUAUUACGAAAAUAAUAUGAUAUCUAUCACGUAUCUUAUAUUUCCUACUUGAAGUUUGCUGCUCAAAAUAUGAGGAGUAAAGUAUAAAUGGGUUGGCAUUACGACUACGUUUGUUCUGUAUUCAUAACCGGUUAAUGAGAUGCAUAUAGCCUUCUAGUCAAUGGUGUUAUACUCUUUUAAGCGCGAAAUGCAUGCCAUCUAAAAUAAACAUAAUCUAUGGUAAAACAAUAGUGACAACAAGCACAUUUACCAGGUAUAUAGGGUAAAGAAAACCAAAUUCAGCAGCCCAUCUAUGGUAUCUAUAACUGCUGUAUAGGUUUAAAAAAAGUUAUGGUUGGAGUGAGUGAGCAAAAAAUAUCUGCUUCUGCUAGUGCUUGGUGAACCCAGAGAGGUAGCAACUGACGAAUUGAAUAACGCGUCUGGCAUCUUUAUGCCCUCUGUGGUCUCCUACCUCGACGGCUCCCACUUCACUACAAGUAGCUACGUGGAGCACCUCUAUGUGGGCGACGCGCGCGUAAUUAAUAUUGUGAAUUUAAGUGUGACACGCUAAGGUAGCCAGUGGUCACCAGGGGCGAAGCAGCUUAUCUGAAAAUCUGGAAUUUUCUAGAUGGGCCGGUACUGAAUGAUACUAUAUGGGUCGGUCAAAAAUUUAAAAAUAAAAUUUUUUAAACAUUUCAUUUAAUAACAAUAUUAGUAUAAUCAAUGCUUAAACUGUUCAAAAUAUCAAAUAAUAUUUAUUGACCCUUAUUACAAAUAAAUCGUCUUAUAAUCUUAAAAUGAUUUAUGAAUUAUACUAAUGAAUUAACAUCAAAACAUUAGAUAUUAUUAAAUAUCAAAUGUCGACAAUUAUUGACUAUUGUGAUGCAUGGUAUUUCCACAUUCCACUUCUUCGUACACACGACUGCACGAAUGAAUACUAGCAAGUGUUCGAUUCCCACAAGUUCUUAUCUAUCGCGUCAGUUUUGAGUUCUAAUUAUAGAAUUUAAUCUAUAUUCCUAAGUCGUAACUAAUAACUAUGUACGUCAGUUGACACGAUAAACGAUUAUAUAAAAACAUAAGAUUAUCAUAAUUAUUCUUAAAUCAUAAUAAACGCUGUUUUCGAGAGUGUUUUUCAUUGUUACUUAUUUUGUUUUUUCUCUACAAACAAUUUAUAUUUCUACAAUUUAAUUUUCUAAUAAUGAACAAUUUACACACGUUGAAAAAGAUAAAAGGAGGAGCGAUACAAAUAAAAUACUUCUCAAGUCAGCUCAAAUUCUUGGAAAAAUUUAAAGAAAUCUGUAGAUCAUAAAUAUAUUGAAGAACUGUACUUAAAUAGUGACACAGACAAUGAAGAUGAAGAUAUAGACAUAUCAAAACUAUGUAAGACAUGUAAAAACUGUAGCAUUUGUUGUUGUAAUACAUUGAUUAAGUAUAAUCUUAAUGCUUUAAUGCUUAUCCUAUAUUAGCCAUUGCUUAUCAGCUAUUACUAACUUUGCCGGUAACCCAAGUGGUCUGUGAAAGAUUAUUUUCUACUUUAAAAUAUAAAAAAAGCCGUUUGAGAAAUUCAAUGACAACCGAACACUUAGUGUCAUUCAUGUUGAUGGCAAUUGAAAAACAAAUUCUCUAUAGUUUAAAUAAUGAUAUGAUUAUUAAUAAAGUUGGUGAAAAAUCCAUAAUAUUUUCUAAAUUACUUUUAUACGUUAUAGAAUACACUUUAUGACAUUUGUGUGUACAUUUAUAUAUAUAUAUAUAAAAUGAAAAUAUUAAAACAUAAAAUAUAUUUGUUAAUUUUCAAGUUAUUUGAUAGAGCAAAGAAUAAUUUUUUCAAGCUUAUGUUUAUAGGUUAACCACGGAAACUAUCAGCUGAUGAGCUGGCAAAAUAUGUUAUCCAGGGCUAAAUUUAGGGCCACUCCGCCCCUGGUGGCCACAGAAAUUUUAAAAUAGGAACAAGUAAGGAUUGGGGCCAUCCCAAUCACUGGUUGAGUAUAGUAGAUACCUUUACCUUCUAUAUAUAUAUAUAUAUAUAGAGAGAGAGAAAUUAAAAAAAUUAUAAAUCUUUUUUUUCUAUCAUCAGUGUAAUAAUGUUGUUUUUAUUUUAUAUACAUAUCUAUUUCAGUCGACUACGACCUUACCAUCAACAAAAACUUCAUGGUCAUCCCAAGUAAAAAUUUGAUCGAGUUGCACAAUUGGGUACAUAAGAAUCCCCGUAUAGAUACUACCGGAAUGACCACCGAUAAAUCCGAUUUCCUCGUAGGAACCGAUUCUAAAGUGAACAACACUGAUAUUUCUGACGAGAUGAUGUAUCUUAACGAGGCCGAGGAAGAAUUCGAUAGUUAUGCCGAACCUUCAUCUAAGACAGAUUUAUUUGGAAAUUUGAAAAAUGAUGUUACUAAUGAGGGGAUGCCCGCGUGGAAGGGUGUUAUAUGCUCUCAGCCAAAUGCCCGUCAUAAGUGUAUAAUGAUGAAGUCAAAUUUGUGGCCUGGAGCUUAUGCAAUAACAUAUAAAUCGUACGUAAUCAAAUUAUUAUAUUUUAUUUUAUAUUUAAAACGAAUCGAGCCAAUUACAUUGUAUAGAAUUACAUAAUAAUUAAACGAGGAAAUUUAUAAUAUUCAUAAUUUAAACAGACAAUAAUUUUAUGCUAGGAACUAAGGAAAAGUGGGUUCUCGUUAGCCAGUUUUAUCAUACGGACAAUAGGUCGAUUAGUUUAAUAACUAUAUUGGCUAAAAGGAAUACGGAAAGGAAAAGAGUAUCUGGAACAGAAAUUUGGAACUCUGAAAUUAACUUUAGAUAGGAGGACAGGAGCAUCAGCUUUACCAUUAAUAAGUUUAGAAAGAAACGUUAGAUUACCAUGUUUCCUCCUAUACAUAGGGUAGACAAACAGAGAGGCUGUAACACUGCUUCAUACUCGUGAGGUGCGUACUCAAUCUGUAAAGCGAAAACGACAAAUAUCAAGAAUUUUCGCUAAACCCUUUCAAAUUUACAACUACCAUCAAGAUCACGUAGAUCCCAAAUAACUAUACCAUACUCCAAAACAGACUGAAGGAAAGAGCAAUAUGAGAAAACUAGACAAUUUAAAUUUAGCCGAAAUUCUCUUAAGAAAUUCGAAAAGCUUCAAUGCAUUUAACAUGUAUAUAACUUUCUCGAUAUGAGUAUAAAAAUAGAGCGAACGAACAAGAGAAAUAUCAAGGUUCAUAACACAAUUAGCUGAAUACUUAAGAGUAAAUUCGUUAACAGAGUAAUUAAACAUAAUACGUUCGUAGAAAUAAGUGUGGUCAUGGUAUAUGACAUUUAGGGAUAAGCCCCAAGCCAAGGUCCUGAGCCCAACGAACGACAGAAUUUAGAUCAUAUUGUAACAGUUCACAAUCAUCAGUAGAUUUAAUACGGAGAAAAAUUUUGAUAUUAUCAGUAAAUAUAAGAAGUUCAGAGUGUUCUACCACAACUUUGAUAUGUACUAUUAACAAAUAGUGCAAAUAGAACUGGAGAUAGAUGUCCUUAUUGAGGUACACCAGAGAUUACAUUAACUGAACUGGAACAAAAUCCGUUAAUCUUGACAAACUGUUUUCUCUCAGACAAAUAAGAAUGGAACCAUGAUAAUAGGCUUAUAAAGAGGUUCACUAAAUCCUAGAUUUAACAAAACAUUCAACAAAGCAUGGUGGUUCACGUGGUCAAAGGCCUUGGCGAAGUCUAAGUAAAUGGAAUCAACCUUCAAAUGCUAACCUUACAGAAUUAUUAUUUAUUAGCUGUGCAUUGUUUUUUACAGUACCUCCAUCUUACAUAUCCCUCAGUUCGCUGUCUGAUAUAUCUAAAUUUCUUCCUCUCUCGGAACUUAUAAAACAAAUUUCAUUUUCCAUUUUAGAACAAUAUGUUUCACUACAAAAAAAAAAACCUAACUGAACACAACUGAAACCUAUAAUAUGGGAAUUAAGUUAUCUAUAACAGUAGCUGCACCCAUCCCCAUUAUCCUAAGAUGUCUCUUUAUUAUUUAUUAUUUAUUUCAAUUGUUAAUCAAUAAUGACUAUAACUACAUGUAUCAUAACGUUCUAUGGUACAGUUUGGAUCCUUCUUGAAUCUUGUUUAAAAUAUUGUCAAUAAACUAUAGUUUUCUGAUUGAAACUUUGAGAGCUCAUCUCUCAGCUUUGAGGGAUUGUCAAAUUUCGGGAAUUGACUCGCAAAUUCUAGCAAAUUGAGAAAAAAAUUUUAAUAACAUUUUCGAUUGUUUCUAGUAAGGUGAGCCAACUUUAUGGCUGUCAUGAAAAUCAUAAUUUAUUUUUAUACAAUUAUAUUAUACUAUAACACAUAAAAAAAAUGUUAGUAUGUACAUGAAAAAUAUAGUUUUAACUUUAAAAUUCGUAAUUAAUAAAUAAUAAAGACAUGUUUUAUCUAUGAUGGAAUUAAAUUAAGAUCACAGCUGAUAAAAAAAUAAACUUCUAAGUUAUAUUUUUUUUAAAUCUCAGCCGUUUUUUAGCAAAUAUGUUUAGCAAUGAUCACCUAUUUUGCAUAAUAGUAAAUCCAGAGUUUCACCUAACUAGGCACCUAAAAAUUGUACAUAUAAAUAUUUAUAUUAUACAUCUAAUAAUAAUUAAUUUCAAAGGUGAUAGGUUAUAAUAAAUUAAAGCUAUGAUAAUAAUUUAUAAUGAAUUGAUAAAAAUAACCGAUUCUUUUAUAAAAUUGUCUUAGCAAAACGGACUUUGUGUACAUUGGAUGGGCUCAAAAACAGGAUUCCAGUUGGUAUUCUUCGAAUUUGAUGAAUGAACCAGCAAUUGAAACCGUACCUAAUAAUGAUUUACUAGAAUAUCAAAUACCAACAGGGAAAAAUGUAAAAAAAAUAUUAAAUACUAAUAAUACACAGAAUAAGAAGAACCAACUAUUUCCGAUCAAACAAAACCGCAAUGCAUUCAAGGGAAUUGAAAAACUUAUUAAAUCUUAUACUUACAGUUAA